AUGCCAUUGAACACCCCAUCCCAGUUCAACACCCCAUCCCAGUUCAACACCCCAUCCCAGUCCAACACCCCAUCCCAGUCCAACACCCCAUCCCAGUCCAGCACCCCAUCCCAGUGUAACGUUUCCGAUCCGACCGACUCUGAGCCUCCAUCCGCCUCAUUCCUCCCAUCGUUGUCGUGUCAUGCCGUUCACGUGCUGCCCGUGGUGCUGCAGAGCAAGCAGCGGGAGGUGGAGUUGAGGGGUCACAGCGAGAGUGCUGACAACUUGGCCCCUUUCACCACCCUGACGGGUCACUUCUGUGCCCAUCUGACUGACUCCGCUCCUCCAUUCGACCUCUCAUCCACCCACUGUACUGUGCAGAGCAAGCAUCGGGAGGUGGAGUUGAGGGGCCACAGCGAGAGUGUGGACAACCUGUGCUGGGACCCCCUCCACCCUGACCUCCUUGCGUCUGCUUCUCAAGACAAGUCCGUGCGCAUCUGGGACACACGAUCUGCUAGGUGUCAGCAGAGUGUGACUCUAAAGGGCGAGAACAUCAACGUCACGUACAAGCCCGAUGGCACGCACAUCGCUGUGGGCAACAGCGCGGACGAGUUGACCAUUCUGGAUGUGAGGAAGCUCAAGCCCAUCCACAAGCGCAAGUUCACCUACGAGCUGAACGAGUUCGCGUGGGACCGAACAGGGUCCAUCUUCCUUGUCACAACCGGCACAGGUGCAGUGGAAGUUUUGGGUUACCCCUCCCUGCAGACACUAGACACCCUGCACGCACACACAGCAGGGGUGUAUUCGCUGGCCAUUGACCCCCUUGGCAGGUACUUUGCAGCGGGCAGUGCAGACGCACUGGUGAGCCUGUGGGACAUGCAGCACAUGCUGUGUGAGCGCACCUUCACACGAUUAGAAUGGCCCGUACGCACUGUCAGCUUCAGCCACGAUGGGCGGUAUCUCGCGUCUGCUAGUGAAGACCUCUUUGUUGACAUUAUCUUAGCACAAGAUUCAUCUCAGCGAUGUGAGCCCCCAAACCUCACACAUCCCCUCCAUCCCUCUCUUUCCCCCGCAUUCCCCACGUCCUAUGCUCUGCCGCCCAACCCUCUCCUCCGGAUCCCCUUCCAACAACAGGCGGAGGUGGAGACGGGGCGGUCGGUGCAUCAGAUCCCAUCCUGGGCGGCGAUGAACAGUGUGGAGUGGAAUCCCAAGCACCUGCUCCUCGCAUAUGCCUCUGACGACGAUGGCAAGCACUCGUCCCCGGGUGAGUGA